AAUAUAUUUAUAUUUAAAUAUCCGCGUGGUUGUUUGCUUUAUCUGGUCGUUUAUUUGUAUAGUUACGUAUAAAUGCUCGAAACAUCGUACAUUUAUACGUGUUGGAGGCAGCAUUAAAAGUCGAAAUGCUUUUGUCUUUCGCUUGGAAAAUUUUAUACCAAUCUGUACGUUGGGUCGCGUACACGUUAUUUCCGUCGAAAACUCAAAAGAUCAAUAUAUAACAUGGUUUUAAAAUUUGGAGAAUUACCGGUACGAAUAAGAAAAAUUAUGUAUUAUAGCUUGUGCGCAACGCAUCAAAGAUUUUGGGCAAAAUCCAUUUCUCAUGGCUUACCGAAUUUCUUGAAACGAUCGAUGCAUGCUUUAGUGCCGAUGGUGCCAGCAUUUCUAUCGACGGUUGUGAUCGUUAAAUGGGCUAACGAGGAAUAUAGAAGAUCAAAAAGGAAGGAUCGAAAAUUAAACGAAAGAGAUGCAUAAAACGAUUAGAACGGAUCAAUAACAAUGGUUACACUCGUUGCCCGUUCUCGUUAACGAUAAUGAUAAUAAUAAUAAUAAUAACAACAA